AAAUUGAAAAAUGUGUAUACUGAAGUUGUCCCAAUUGCCGCUCGAAAAGUUUUGAAGCUCAGCCGUGAGCUAUGGUAUACCUGUAGGUCCUGAAACGCCUAGCCUAAUCGCCGCCGACUCCAUCUCCGCCGGUAUCCACCGCUCUGGUUUCGAAAACCCCUUGUCUCUUGUCAGAGAUCAUCGAGCAAAGGAGGUUAUAACUUCUCGAGGCAUGGCUGUGCGUGAAUGAACUGUGUCCCCAUUUGAUUGUUGGAAAAUGAAGAUUUUAGAGGCCAAUGCUGGUCCACUUACCAAUUUUGAAGUGAUCAAAUUUCUAAAAUCUAGAGGAGCCUCAAAAGAUCCGUCUCGGGUUCUUGCUGAUGUAGCCCCAUCUGAGUAUAAAGUUUAUGAUUAUUUGGUUGAAACUGCUGCUUGCAAUCAGACUCAAGAAAAUAUCAGUGAGUUUUUGGAGAAGUCCAAAAAGUAUGACCUUGCAAAAGCUGAAUUACUCAAUAUAAUCAAUAUAAGGCCCAGUACUCCAGUUGAACUUUACUCGAUGAUCGAGCAAUGUGAUGAUCGUUUAGGAGAUACCGUGGAGGAGCUUGUUGAGGUGGUGGUAGAGGUGUUGCCGCCACCUCCAACUGAAAUGGCAAGUGAAGAGGGAACCAAUGAGGCUAAUCAGGAAACUGUAACCAAGGAAAGCGACAAUGAAGAACAGAGAAUCAAUGAGGGUAAUGAGAAAACGGCCGAAUAACUAAAGAUGGUGACAAGUUGAGUAUAUAUAUAGUAUAAACUAUGGAGUCCAGGUUUGUACCCAACUAACCAAAUGCAAGGCAUAUACUGAAUUGAGCUCAAAGUUUCUUGUAAGAAAUGAGUUUUACUAUGAGCUUUUAUACUUGCUUUUCUAGUCUUAACAAGUGAAGAAUUGAAUGCAUGGGCAUUAGAUCUUUGAGUUUUGAUUCUGGCUGCAUUUGGGGAUAUCAUUUACACCAGCUAAUUAUACAUCAUUAGAAAUGUAUUACUAUUUAUAUACUCUUGUCAUAAUCAGGAUAAUUGAUGUUGCUUAGAUUAUGUUUUUCAUUUUCUGGAUAAUAAUUGAUUUUUUUUGUUUUGACAAAGAUAAUUAUUGAUUUUUUAGAACAAAAUUAGACUGAAUCUUCCACAUUG